UAGAGCUCAGUUGGUUAGAGCACGGUGCUGAUAAUGCCUGGGUUGGAAGUUCGAUCCCCAUAUGGGGCAGCUGACUAUUUCUGCUUUGCAGGGGGUUGGACUAGAUGACUGUCAGGGUCCCUUCCAACUCUUAUGGUCUCUCCUUGCCUCCGGAGCUUUUCCCUGUGAAAACCCGCUCUUUAAUGCUAAAGCGCAACAAACAGCAAUUUGGGCUUUCUGCAUAUUGCUGUUUGCUCCGAUUCGGCGGUAAAGAGCAGAUUUCUGCGGGGAAAGCUCUGGAGCUUAAAAAAAAAACACAAAAUGAAAGAGAAAUCGGACAUGGGGCUUUAAAACACAGACCACACCUGGAAAAUGUGGAGGAAAGGUACGUUUGGAUGGGCCCAGUGGCGGAGCUUCAUGCUCCGGCACUGGGGGGUGUAGAGCAGUUGGGGGCGUGGCUGGUGCGUAUCCCAGGGGCAUGAUGCACUCCCCCCGCCCCCUCUUCCUCCGCCAGUGGAUGGGGCCUAAGCCCUCCCUCCUGCUCCAUGCGGCAAACUCCUUAGGAAGCAUGCUUAAGAUUUCGGUGGCUACCUGUGAAAAGGCGCUUAGAACAGAUCCGCUCCAGAACCCUCAUUCUUCUAAUUCAGGCCAGGACUGGUUCAGAUACGGCUCACUUGCAAGAAGUUGAGCGUCGGAACAUCUGGGACAGUUUUAAAAAGGUACUUCUUCACGCAGCGCAUAGUUAGACUACGGAACUCCCUGCCACAGGAGGCAGUAAUGGCCACCGACCUGGAUGGCUUUAGAAAGAGGAUUAGCCAAACUCAUGAAGGAGAGGGCCAUCGAUGGCUCCCAGCAAUGAUGAUGAUGAUGAUGAUGAUGAUAAUGCUACAAUGGCUCUGCCCUGCUCCCACGGUCAGUGGCAGCAGUGCCAUCUGAGACUACAGGAGGGGGAGAGUGUUGCUCUUGUGUUCGAAUUCUGCUCGUGGGUUUCCCUAUAGGGCAUCUGCUUCACUGUGAGAACUGGAUGCUGGACUAGGUGGGCCGCUGGCCUGAUCCUGGCAAAGGCUUCAGAAAGCAGAAUUGUUGCCAGCCCCUGUUGCCAGCACUGAACUAACAGUCUGUGUCAGUAGCGGGCCCUUUUCCACGUUCCUGUGCAAACAGCAAAGUUAAAAAUAAAACGGCGCGUUCCAGUCUUGACAUUCCCCACCCCCAGGUUAGGAAUGUGUGGCAUUUUGCUUCCUGGAAAAACCUGCCUGGAUUCCCACCCUUUCCCUUUCUCUUUUCCAAGGACCUCGAAGAUGAGGCUGAGGGUAUUCUGGAAGGUGAAAGAGCGCUGGAAGAGAUUGGAGGGCGCUCGCAGAGUCGUCUCCACCAGCAAAUCUCCAGGAGCAGCUUACGAUGCCGCCCGGUGGAAAAUGGAGGCCUUUUUGGGGAGGAGGUGGCCUCUGAACGGGGCCUGCCGUUGCUCUGGAAUCCCUGCUGGCUUUCUGGGUGCCCAAGGAAGGGGGGCUGCUUCCCUGGAGAAACCCACCCAUCUCCAGAAAGAACUUCAGCCCACGAAGCAUCGAGAGGAGAGCUGCUGCAGGGGACGGCCGGCCGAGUCCAGCAGCGAAGAAGGAAUCCUGAUGGCUUCGUACAAGGUUCAAGUGGCAACCGGGACGUUCUGGGGCUCGGGGACCUUCGACACCGUCUCCAUCACCCUGGUGGGCUCGAGGGGCAGCAGCCCCAAGCAGACGCUGAACAAUACGGGGAAGGACUUUGCCCAGGGAGCGGUGGAUGAAUACAAGGUGCCCAUCGAUGGGGAGCUGGGACCGAUCCUGCUGGUCCACCUCCACAAGGAACCCUACCUCUUCUUCCCCGAGGACAGCUGGUACUGCAACUUUGUCCAGCUGGUCACCCCACAGGGAGAGACGUACCGCUUCCCCUGCUACCAGUGGCUCGAGGGGUACACGACCGUGGAGCUGAGAGAAGGGACAGCCAAACUUGUUUGUGACGAUGACGGCAACCAGUUGCUUCUGCACCACCGGGCAGAGGAGGUGAAGGCGAGACAGGUGGCAUACAGGUGGGCAGAAUUUGCGCCGGGGAUGCCUCACUGCCUGGCUGUGGAGAACAUCGAGGAGCUGAACACCAACGUGAAGUUUUCCUUUACCAAGCUCAGCUCCUUCCUGGUGCGGUCAAAGCUCACAUUGAUGGAGGUGAAACUGAAGGGGUUCAUGAACUGCCAGGAGUCUUGGAAGAAACUGGAAGACAUCCGGAAGGUUUUCUGGUUCAACAAGACACCCGUUUCCGAGUACGUUGCCGAACACUGGCAAGAAGACGCUUUCUUCGGCUCCCAGUAUCUCAACGGCGUCAACCCCGUGGUAAUCAGGAAGUGCACCCAGAUCCCAAGCAAUUUCCCCGUGACCCAGGAGAUGGUUGCCGCGUCUCUCGGAGCAUCCGCCACCCUGCAGGAGGAAAUCCAGAAAGGGAACGUUUACAUCGUGGAUUACAAGAUCCUACAGGGCAUCCCGACGAACACGAUUCAAGGGCAACGGCAGUACAUGGCGAACCCUCUCUGCCUCCUGUACCAGACACCUUCCGGGGAGCUCCUCCCCAUAGCUAUCCAGCUGAGCCAAACUCCAGGCCCCGACAACCCCAUCUUCCUUCCCAGUGACUCCGUAUGGGACUGGACCCUGGCUAAGAUGUGGGUCCGCAACGCCGACUUCCACAUCCACCAGAACAUCUCCCACCUGCUCCAUACGCACCUGCUGGCCGAGGUCUUUGCUAUCUGCACUCUGAGGCAUCUGCCGUUGUGCCACCCGGUCUUCAAGCUCCUGAUCCCGCACUUCCGAUACACCCUCCAGAUCAAUGCUUUGGCCAGGGUCAGGCUCAUCAUGGAAGGUGGGAUGAUGGACCAGGCUACCUCAGCAGGCUACAAAGGAAUCGUGCCCAUUGUGGGGAAAGGAACCUACAGCAUGACUUACGCCUCCCUCUGCCUCCCCGACGACAUUGAGGCCCGCGGAGUCGCCUCUGUCGCAAACUACCACUACCGGGAUGAUGGGCUGAAGAUAUGGGCCGCCAUCGAGAGGUUCGUGGCCAGCCUCGUCCGGAUCUACUACAAGAGUGACGACCGCGUCCAGAGCGACCCGGAACUCCAGGCCUGGAUCUGUGAGAUCUUCAAGGAAGCCUUCAAGAACAGGGAGACCUCCGGAGCUCCCUCGUCUCUGGAGACCAUGGAACAGCUGACCAAGUUCUUGACAAUGGUGAUCUUCACCUGCUCAGCGCAACACGCUGCCGUCAACUCUGGCCAGUAUGACUAUGGCGCAUGGAUCCCCAACAGCCCGCCCUCCAUGAGAAGACCCCCACCCACCACGAAGGGCACAGAGACCUUGGAGACCGUCCUGGAGACCCUCCCCAAGGUCAACACCACCUGCAUCGCCCUCUGCUCCCUGUGGUUGCUAAGCAACGAGGCAGGUGACACGAGACCUUUGGGCCACUAUCCCGAUGAACAUUUCACUGAGGACGAGCCAAAGCGGCUCAUUGUGGACUUCCAGAACGACCUGGCUAAGAUUUCUGAGGAAAUCAACGAGAGGAACAAGUCAUUACCCCUCCCCUACAACUACCUGGACCCACCUCAGAUCGAGAACAGCAUCUCGAUUUAGGUCUCGGGUGUGUAUAGCAAUGUCAGCCUGACUAGCGUUACAAAGUCGGUCCAUCUUGGAAACAACGCUAAGAGCCAGUGUGGUGUAGUGGUUAAGAGCGGUAGACUCGUAAUCUGGGGAACUGGGUUCGCGUCUCCGCUCCUCCACAUGCAGCUGCUGGGUGACCUUGGGCUAGUCACACUUCUCUGAAGUCUCUCAGCCCCACUAACCUCAACAGAAUGUUUGUUGUGGAGGAGGAAGGAAAAGGAGAAUGUUAGACGCUUUGAGACUCCUUCGGGUAGUGAUAAAGCGGGAUAUCAAAUCCAAACUCUCCUUCUCCUUCUCCUUCUCCUUCUCCUUCUCCUUCUCCUUCUCCUCCUCCUCCUCCUCCUCCUCCUUCUUCGUUGAUUCCUCUCAAAAGUUCUUCUCUGGCUCAGAAUGUAAAACGAGACACGACAAGAUCCUUUGUCUUCUGUACGUACUGUAGUAGGCAUGUAGAUGUUCGUCAGUGAUUCCAUCAUUUGAAGAUUGGAGAUGUAAAAUGAUAGAGUAUAUGGACUUAGCUAAGUUAACUGGAAGGGUAAGAGAACAAAAAGACCAGAAAACCCAAAAGGAGUGGUGUAAAUUUUCGGAAUAUCUUAAUACGUAUUGUAAAACCUUAAAAACACUCACAGAUAUGUGGUAACACCUGCAUCAGUAACAACUGAGUUUAUUUGGAUGCUGAUGAAAUAUAUUUAAGCAAAUUAAGCUUGGACUUAGAAGAGCGAGAGAUGUAAGAAUUUGAUAAAUAAAACCAAAGUAGGGGGAAGGGGAAGCUGAGUUCGGCGGAACAAAGGCCAAAUAUUUUUGUUACUUAGGAAGAUAUCCCCAAGAAGUGGAUAGUGGGAUAUUUGUCUAUGUUUAUGUUCAUGUAUGUUUAAAUUUAUCUUUGUUUAACUCUUUGUUUUUAUGGAAAAAC